UUUGAUCUUUUCGCCCUUUGUCGGAUGAUUGUUGUUUUGGUCUGCUUGUUUUAUGCACCAGUUCAGCAGUAUAACCGCGUGUGAUACGUCAAACGAGUUCAUCUUCAUGUGUCCGCCAUCACACCGACAGCAUGGCAUAUUUGCUGUCCAUUUUACUACUGACAGUACUGGCCUCGUUUUCCCUUUUCAAGCUACCGUGCAGUGCCGUCAAUAUAAGGUUGAGCGCCGUCGGCACUAAGAUAGAGACGAGAUGCUACGGUAAACAUCUCAACGCAUCGUGCACAUUGCACCAGAAGCAUUCCACCGUCAAUCAAACGAUCGAUUGUGAUAUCGAAGUGAUGCGUGAAAUCAAAGACAUGAAGCUUACAGUGAACUACAACGUCGUUGCUCUGAAUGGGCUCGCGCAAACCUCUCUGCUAAAGCGCACGCUGGACCUGUGCUUCUUCCUACGCAAUCCGCGAUCCGAUCGGUUGAUUAGCAGCAUCUAUACUUACAUUAAGGAGCGCAGCAAUCUGCCACCAAGAUGCCCUCUGCCAGUGGCGCACUAUACUUUACGCAGCUUAAGACUCCGCGACAUACCAAUACCGGUCUUUCUGCCCGAGGCGGACUUUGUUCUGGAGGAAAUCUUUCGCUCGGAGGUGAAGCAUGAGACGCUGUUAGAGUUUCGAUUCCAUGGGAAGCUGGUACGGUAUAUAGAUACUGAGUAACAGUAACUUUUCUGCCGAAUUGCUAGUUGACCUCAUAUAAUCGCUUCAACCAAGA